AUGGAGGACGAAGGGAUCUGGAAAUUUUAUACUCAUUUGCAUCCGGACUCUGCGCCUGAUAAGGGUCUUGCUGCCUUUAUCUCUACAAUCGAUGGGCAUCAAAUGGAGAUGGUCAAUCCAGAAGAUUCCUCGCGUUCCAAACCGCCCAUAUCUCAGGAUAUUGCAUCUGAUGACAAGGAACUACUUGCACAAUGUCAUUGCGGUGGUGUGUCAUUCCAUAUAUCCCGACCGAAAGCCGAUUUCAUUGAAGAUCCAGCAGGUCAAGUUUGGCUCUCCCCGCUAGACAAGAAGAAAUGGCUAGCUUGCAUGGACACCUGUGAUGACUGUCGACUGGUAAAUGGCACGCAUGUCAUCGGGUGGAUGUUCGUCCCGGUGAGCCAUCUCUCGCCUAUGCCUCCUGCCGACUUGAUGAUUGGGUCAUCGAAGGCCUAUCGCUCCACCGAGAAAGUAAAUAGAACAUUCUGCGGCACAUGUGGAGCAACGGUAUUUUACAGUUGUGACGAGAGACCAGGAAUAGUAGAUAUUGCAACUGGAAUAUUGCGGGCGCCCGAAGGAAUCAUGGCUAAAAACUGGGCACUCUGGAGAGCGGGCCGACUUUCUUGGCCAGAGAAUGGGCUACGAUAUGAUGCUAGCUUCACUCAAGCAUUGCAGGAAGGGUUCAAGCAGUGGGGGAUAGAGCGGGGCCAAGCGCAGGAUUUCGUCAUACCAUAG